AUGAGCGCGAGAGUGUCUGGAUUUAAUUUAGAAAAAGAGAGAGAAGAGAAUAGACCGCGAGUAGUAGAGGGACACUUGUUUGAACCAGAUACCAAGUGGGAUGAACUAAUAAUGCAGGCAUUUAUCCAGAAAAUAACACAGUUCAGUUUCCCCGCAAGAAUAAAGCAUGUUUUCAUGAAAGCAUGUGUCAUCAGAAACAAAAAUAAAACCUACCUUAGCAGCUUGGUGAAUAUGCACUUGCCUCUUUAA